UUCACUUUCUUUUCCUCUCGCGCCAUGGCUUCUCCCGACUCGCAGAGGCUGGAGGAGAAGUUAACGUGCUGCAUUUGCCUGGAUACGUUCAGCACCCCGGUGACGGUGCCCUGCGGGCACAGCUUCUGCGAGAAGUGCAUCUGCGACCACUGGGACGGAGAGGGCAAAGGGCCCGCCGCCGCCGUGAGCUACACUUGCCCCUCGUGCCGCAAGAGCUUCCCGGAGAGGCCGGAGCUCAGCAAGACCGUCCUGCUCGACAGUCUGGUGGAGCUGCUCCUCAAGCAGCAGCAGCAGGAGGGCGGCGGCGGCGGGCCGGCGUCCCGGGCGGAGAAGGCGGGCGCUGCUCGGGAAAGGAAGUGCCCGAGGCACGGGCGGCCCUUGGAGCUGUACUGCCAGACGGAGAAGCGGGGCAUCUGCUGCGUGUGCACACUCAAGGAGUGCCAGCAGCACGGCAGGGCCCUCGUCGAGGACGAGCGGAGGGCCAAAGAAGAGUCCGUAAAAGCAACACUGGAGAAAACUCGAAAGGAGGCAGAGCCUAUCAAAGAAGCAAUCCAGAAACUGGAGCAGCAGAUAGACAACAUCAAGGGUUCCUCGGAGAAGUUAAAAUCUGGAGUUGUGCAGAAGUUCGCUUCUCUCGUGGAAGCCCUGAAGGAAUGCCAGAGGAAGACAGUGGAGAGGAUUGAAAGAGAGCAAGAUGCUGCGCUUGGCAAAAUGCAAGAGAACUUGGACCAGCUACAGUGCCAACUGGAUGCUCUUACCCAGCGCAACGAGAAGGCAGAAGAGCUGCUUGCUUGUGCUGAUGAUAUGACAUUUCUGGAGGAACUGCAUCAUCUUCCUCCUCUUGGCAACUUAGAAGUUAUUCCACCUGUUGAGUUUGAUUUGGGCAGCAAUGUGGAUGCUGUCACUGAAUUCUUCAAUGAGGUUUCCAGGCUUUUGCAAGAGGCUCAGUCAAAUUCCUUGAAUCCACCAAUGACUGAAACGAAAGUCUCACCGGAGCCAAAGGUAAUUGUGAGGAGGGCCGGACCGUGCCUUCCAGACAAUGAGUUAAGAAUGUCUUUUUUGAAAGAUCAGCAGAAUUUGACCUUUGAUCCAACCACAGCUAACCAAUACAUGCAGUUGUCUGAUGAGAACCGGAAGUGCCAUCACUCUCAACGUAUUCAGGGCUCGAGGCCAAAAGACCCACAGAGGUUUGAGCCAUGGCAAGUCAUGUGUGCCCAGAACUUCAGUCGGGGCAGCUGCUACUGGGAAGUCAAGUUAUCUGGCCACUCUGUCAUCAUUGGCGUGGCUUAUGGAAGGUUCCCAAGGAAGAAGCGGGCUGGCCGCACAUUCACCAUUGGGCUGGAUAAACUCUCCUGGGGCCUGCACGUCCAGGAAGACUGCUAUAUGGCUUGCCACAACGCCAAGUUCGUUAAGAUAAAAAAGCACGUGUGCAAAUUCAUUGGAGUGCGGUUGGAUUGCAGCCAAGGAGUGCUAUCCUUUUAUGGUGUGGAUGACAACAUGGCACUCCUCCACACCUUCAACACGAUCUUCACAGAGCCCCUUUUCCCAAUCUUCUGGCUUUGCGAAGGCAUAUCUGUGACCCUCUGCCAAAAGCCACAGGGCAAAGUUCAAACUGAUGGGGUGCCUCCUGUCUUGCAAGCAGCUGCUGCUGCUGCUGCUGCCACCACAGUGGACGAACUGCGAGAUGAGAAGAUAGCUCCGAAACAAGGAGAGCAACUCUCCUGAUAUCUCAAGGUACUUUGUACCCAUCUUCCCCAGGGAGAGGCAAGUCCCCAUUUCCCUCAACUCAAGGUGGGACAAGUGUGCAAGAGGGAUUAAGAUUUGGGGAAGAUGCUUGGGGCACCCAACGCUGUCCUGGCCACUCAAUGCUUAGUGUGCUGUGCAUCCUGGUGAAUAAUACUGCUUUCUGACAAUCUCGUCUCAUUAAAAGCUAAACAGGAAAUGAAGAGGAGCAGGAAAACAGAGUAAAGAAAGUUUAGAAUAUUUCAGCCUACUUAAGCAAUUAUUAGGGGGCAGGGGGGAUGACUGGAGGUGGACAGAACUAAAA